AUGUCAAGUCAUCAUUUAUCACUUGAUCACUUUCCAGGGAUUAAUUCCAAUGGAAAGGUGGAUCAAGAAAAAUCAAAAGAAGAACUUAUACAGGAACUAGAGGUGAUGAGAGGAUUGGCAAAAUCAAAUAGAUCAUCACGUAUCAUGUUGGAUGAGAUGUACCAGUUUGUUGCGUUGCUGGACAACAAGGGCAACCUAUUGGAUGUAAACGAACCUGCACUUCACGGAGGUGGUAUGAUUCGUUCAAAUAUUCUUGGUACACCGUUUUGGGACUGUCGUUGGUGGGCAGUCAAUGAAACAUCAAUGGACGAUUGUAAAAAGGCUGUCAUGAGAGCGGCUGCCGGAGAAUUUAUACGAUACGAGUGCGACAUUUUUGGAAAAUCAGCUGGCACUGAAACAAUCACAAUCGACUUUUCACUCAUGCCCCUUUUCGACGAAAAUGGUGCAGUCAAACUCAUUCUCCCCGAGGGUAGAAACAUCACUGAAAAGAAACUUGCAGAAGAUGAAAUUGCAAGAAAAAAUAAUGAACUUAGAUCACUCUAUGAAAAGAUUAAAGAAUUGGAUGAAUUAAAAACUCAAUUUUUUGCAAAUGUAUCACAUGAAUUAAGAACACCAUUGACAUUGAUAUCACAUCCAACAGAAAAAUUGCUAAAAGAUCCUGGAGUGUCGGCAGAUGCUAAAAAACUAUUAGAGGUUGUGGCAAGAAACACCCGAGGGUUGUUGAAACAUGUAAAUAAUUUAUUGGAUAUUAGUAAGCUUGAAGCUGGUAAGAUGAAUGUAAACUAUUCGAUGGCAGAUGUAGGCAAGACCAUCACGACGAUUGGGCUGUGCUUUGAGCUGCUGGCCAAGGACAAGAAGCUCGAGUAUAUCAUCAACGCGCCCAAAGAUGGUCUGCUCAUGGCGGCCAUCGACAGAGACAAGAUCGAGCGUGUCGUCACCAACCUCAUAUCAAACGCUUUCAAAUUCACACCAACGGGCGGAAAGAUCCGCAUCAGCGUCGAGCCAGACCAACUCAACCAAAACCCCGCCUUUUUGGUCACCGUCGCCGAUACGGGUCCGGGUGUACCCGAGGACCAGUACGACAUCAUCUUUGAGCGUUUCCGUCAGGUGGAUGGCAGCUCGUCGCGACGCCACGGUGGCACUGGGUUGGGUCUGUCUAUCGUCAAAGAGUUUGUGCAGCUGCAUGGCGGAAACGUCCAAGUCACCGCGCAAAAGGAGGGUACCGGUGCCGUCUUUUUGAUCCGCAUUCCAUUGUCACCCAAGAUUGACGAGCUUGCCAACAAGACAACCGUAUCGGAUGCCAAUGUAUCGGCCAGAGUACAACCACACCAAGAGUUGGUACAUGUAAAAUCACCACCAGGUGUCAAGUUGUUGGAGAAUGGUAUCACCAAAGAGGAUCAAGAGUUGCUCGAGAUGAUCAAGGAAAAGGAAGAGCAAUUGUCGCAUCUUGAUACGAUGGGCAGCAAGUUUGAUACAGAGAUGACGGCGCGACAAGCCGCAGAAGAGUUGGAGGAAAGGGAGGGAUUCGCACCAAUGGUCGCCGACGAUGGCAAACCAAGUAUACUGGUCGUCGAAGACAACGUCGAGAUGAAUCGAUUUAUUGCAGAACUGCUGUGCAAGCAGUACUCUGUACACACGGCCAUGAACGGUAAAGAGGGGUUGGACAAGUUGCGUUCAUGUACACCCGACCUUAUCUUGACCGAUUGUAUGAUGCCAGUCAUGAGCGGUGAUGAAAUGGUCGAAGAGAUUAGAAAAGAUCCACAAUAUGACAAUAUCCCCAUCGUCUUGCUCACUGCCAAGGCAGACGACAAUCUACGUGUGCGUCUGUUGACCAAUGGCGUAGCCGACUAUGUCAACAAGCCAUUCUCGACCGAGGAACUGACCGCUCGUGUCAACAAUAUUAUGGCUAUGAAAAAGGCCAAAGACUAUUUGCAGCAGGAACUGUGUAUUGCCAACACGGAUCUAGUCGAGUUGGUGAGUCAGUUGACCGCAAGAAAGCGCGAGCUCCAAGUACUAGUAAACGAGCUCGAAAAGGAACGUGUCUUACUCGACCGCGCCAACCGCUCCAAAGACGAGUUUCUCAUGAAUCUGUCACACGAGCUGCGUACACCGCUCAACGGUAUAUUUGGCUGGAGCCAGCUGCUGCGCUACGACGGCAACAUCUCGACCGACGUACGUCGCGGUCUCGAAGCGAUCGAGCGUUGUGCACACGCACAGAACCAACUCGUCAACGAUCUGCUCGACAUGUCGCUCGUCAUCAGCGGCAAGUUCUCGCUCUCCAACGAGGUGGUUGAUAUCCGCGAGGUCAUCCGUCUCGCCGCCGAGACAUUCAUCAACAAGGACAAGGCCAAAACCAAGAUUGUCGUCGAUGUGGGCGACCUGCCACUCAUUGUCUGCGGUGAUCCCGUGCGUCUCGAGCAGUCUAUCUGGAACCUGGUCUCCAACUCGAUCAAGUUCUCCAACCAGGGCGGCUCGGUCACUGUGCGCACAUCUAUCCCCAGCCAGACGGGUACAACGCCGCUCACAUUGCCUCCAGGUGUAUGCGGACAGUCCGAGGAGAAGCUCAACCUCUUGCGCAACCACGCCAGCAACAAGAACUGGUGUCUGGUCACCAUCUCGGAUCAGGGAUGUGGUAUCACUCACGACUUUUUGCCACACGUGUUUGAACGCUUCCGUCAGGCAGACAACAGCUCCACCCGCGGUCACGGCGGGCUCGGUCUUGGUUUGUCUAUUGUAAAUAACAUCGUCGAGCUACACAAUGGCUACCUGUUUGCAUUUAGCGAGGGUGAAGGAAAGGGCAGCACAUUUACUAUCAUCCUCCCCAUCAGCAAUGGUAAUGAAAUCAAUAACAUGGAAACCAAUGGUUCCACUAGUAAUGGACAAGCAGUAGUUUCUAAUGGUAAUGGAAAUGGAAAUGGAAACGGUAAUGGUAAUGGUCACGGUAAAAGAAAUAGAACAGAUUUUGAUACUGGGAGCUCAGCUGGUGACCAACACCCUCAACAACAACAACAACAACCAGAAGAAUCACUCAUGACAAAAAUGUUGACGACUAGCCCGUCAUCGUCGAGUCUCAAGGGACUCAAGAUAUACGUUGUCGAUGACCAAGAAGACACUAUAAAACUCUUUUCGUCAAUGCUCAACAAGAUGGGUGCGUUUGUCUCAACGUUCCUUUCUUCCUCAUCGUGUUACCAAGCAUUUUUGAAUGGUGAUCCCAUGUCGCGACCAGACAUUAUUCUCUCUGACAUUACAAUGCCAGGUGACGAUGGGUACUCACUCGUCAGUCACAUCAGAACACUCGAGCAACAAACCAAUUCCAAACACAUCCCCAUCGUUGCUCUCACAGCUUCGUCUGACAAGGCCAAAGUUGCAAAAACUGGCUUUGAUCUAUAUGUUAGCAAACCAGUAAACUUUUAUGAACUUUCAAAUUCUAUUCAUAAUUUAUUAAAUAAUCAAAAUCAAAAUAAUCAAAAUAAUACUAAUAAUAAUAAUAAUAAUAAUAAUAAUCAUAAUGGCAAUGGUAAGGGUAACGGAAAUCAUAAUAAUAUUAAUAAUAAUAUUAAUAAUAAUAAUAAUAGUAAUCAAAUUUCACCUGCCUUGUCUGUGGAUGAAGAUAGACAAAUUAAAAAGAAAAAUAGGAUUACUAAAAAUAUAACAAUAUACACCAACCAGUAG